AUGGAAGGGUUCCUGCGGCUAAUGGCGUUGCUCGAAUUUUUGCGUGUUGCUGGGCUCGCUCAUUACUACAGGCCGCACACGAAGAAAGAUGAAGAUGACAAGAACUUGGUGUACAAAAGAGGUGUGACCAAGGGCCUGCUCAUCCAGCAGAAGAUAGAGGCUGAGGCUCAAACCUGGUUAGACUUGGUGACCAAUAUUGAGAUUGCAGCAAAUUACCACACUGCUCUAAAGCUCUACAUAAUCGGUGAAAUCAUCAGCUCAAAAAAGACACCUAAACCAGAGUCAAGGAAAAAUGAAAUACCCAGCACAACGUCUCUAAAGGACGAAAGGAAUCCAACCACGGGCACUUCAACCUCUGCAGCCAAAAAACCUUUGAACUUUGAAAUAGACACACAAGAAGCUUCUGACAUAAGCCCUUUGAAGAAAAAUCUACCGAUAUAUCUGCUUCUUGCGUUCGUCCUCCAAUAUCUACCUGUUGGGCCCCCAGAUCACGCCCGCGGCCCCUUGGCCCGAUUUGAAAUUCUUGCUCGGACCGGUGACGACUCCAUUCGCCCUCGCCUUCACGGUGAAGGCGUUCGCCUGAACGUGGCCGCUGGUGCCGGAGCCCCGAUCGGUCUGCAACCCUAUUCUGUUGUACAUCGUUGGGUCUACAAAAAUCGAUCAAAUUUCAACGAUUGUGCGGAUCGCAAGUGA